AUGAAACCGGAAUCGAAACGGCGACUGUUGGAAUGGGGAUACUUUGCUGACAACGAUACAGAAAAAGACCACGACCAAGAUGACCCCUCCUUCUUAUAUGGCUGGGCUCAAGACGCUUCAGGUACUUGGAAUAAAAAUGGCAAACAGACACUCAUUAAUUGGACUCUGAAGGACUAUCAAAACUGCGUUGCAUGGCUCGAAAUUAACAAAGCUCUGGUUCUGCACCCUUCUGAACGAGCGUGGCUCCUCCAAAUUACUAAUACAAAGGCAUGGAUGAAAAAUUACAGAUUGUAUUUGGAUAUACUGAAAGUUCCUUUUGACGCAGAAGAAAAGAAUUUGGAGAACCUUGUAAAGAAAACAUUUGACACUGUGGUAUCGAGAAGUAUUGAGGAGUACUAUGCAAACGAGGAUAUGCCAUGUCAGUUAAUUAAUGGAGCUUUAAAUGAAACCGAACAAUUAUUGGAUGCUGAAACAAUCCAUUUGGCCAAGCAGGUUCUGGGUCAGGAUUUAUCUCUAACAGUGGAAGAGACAUGUAGAGUACUUAGAUCUCGUUUAAUUGAUCCAGGACAGAAUGGGUCGGCACAGCAACUUACAGAGCCAAACGAUAUAUGUCGUUUAGUAUGUCAAAAAAAAAUGAACCAGAUUCAAACGGUGAUUAAUGAAACGAUUGCAGGGAUGCAAAAAAUUACUGCCGAUGUUGCCACAGACUUCCGACAAGGCAAAGUGGGCUUCUAA